UUGUCUGUGUUGAGGCGGGGGUUUGGCGGAGGUCCGGUCGGGUCGGGGCGGCGGAGCCCUGAGGGAGGAGUCGGUCUCUGUCGCUCUCUCUCUCUGUGUGUGUGUGUGUCUCUGUGUCUGUGAUGGCGGCCGUUAACCCGCCGCUGAGGCGCCGCCCGGGCCCGGGGCUGUGGCUGCUCCUCCCGCCGCUGCUGGUGCUGUUGGUGUCGGUGGGCCCGGGCCCGGGGCCUCGGGGAGUGCUGUGCGAUGUAGAAGAAAUUGAUGAAUCACUGGAAUUGAAGACCGAUCCCCAGAGCGAAGAGAAGGAUGGGGAAUAUUCAGCUGGAAGUCCUGUGGUUGCCGGUCAGAUAAUGGACUCGGCAAAAGAUCUCUGGGAAAAUAAAGAUGGGGAUGAGCAACAGGAGCCUAAUCCUGAAGAGGAAACUCCCACCAAUAGGAAAACCGUGGAAAGUGUAAUAGCUAUUGGUGGCAGUGGAAACGGCGAGCCGUGUGUUUUUCCCUUCCUGUUCCUGGACCGAGAGUACAUGAGCUGCACCACGGAUGGACGAGAUGAUGACCGGUUCUGGUGUGGAACAACCUACAAUUAUAACCAGGAGAAGAUGUGGGGAUUCUGUGAAACCGACGAACAAGCAAAUAAAAGAAAACUUGCACAGGAGGCAGAGAGACUUUACCAUACCGGAAUGAAAAUGAUUAAUACUACAAGCAAAAAGAGUCAGAAGAAAGAAGGAUACGAAAUCCUUCUCAGAGCAUCUGAUAUGGGAAGCAUUAAGGCCACAGAGAAAGUUGCCUUUGCCAUGCUCUUGGGUGAUUACAUGGAUCUGAAUGUUGGGGCAGCUAAGGAUCUCUUUGAGAAGCUCACUGAACAAGGGUCUCCCAAAGGCCAAACAGCCCUUGGAUUUCUUUAUGCUUCUGGAAUAGGAGUCCAUUCAAGUCAAGCAAAGGCCCUUGUGUAUUACACCUUUGGAGCACUUGGCGGAAACCUGCUGUCACACAUGAUCUUAGGAUAUCGCUAUUGGGCUGGGAUAGGCGUCCCUCAGAGCUGUGAAUCAGCACUGACUCACUACAAACUUGUGGCAAAUUAUGUUGCCAGUGAUGUGACUCUGACUGGCGGUAGUGUUAUUCAGAGGAUCCGUCUUUUUGAUGAAGCUGAGAACUCUGGUGUUGGCAGUGGCAUGCUCGAGGAAGACCUAAUCCAAUACUAUCAGUUCCUGGCUGAAAAGGGCGAUGUCCAGGCACAGGUUGGACUAGGCCAGCUACAUCUGCAUGGAGGCCGAGGCGUGGAACAAAAUUAUCAGCGAGCCUAUGACUACUUCAGCCAAGCAGCAAACACUGGGAACUCACACGCAAUGGCAUUCCUUGGCAAGAUGUACUCCGAGGGUAGUAAUGCUGUGACCCAGAACAAUGAAACGGCUCUUCAUUAUUUCAAGAAAUCGGCAGAUUUGGGUAAUCCAGUUGGACAGAGUGGCCUGGGGAUGGCUUACUUGUACGGCAAAGGAGUUCCAGUGAAUUAUGAACUAGCCAUGAAGUAUUUCCAAAAGGCUGCUGAACAAGGUUGGGUGGAUGGGCAGCUCCAACUGGGCUCCAUGUAUUACAAUGGUAUAGGUGUGAAGAGAGACUACAAGCAAGCCUUGAAAUAUUUCAACCUUGCCUCACAAGCUGGGCACAUCCUGGCCUUCUAUAACCUGGCUCAAAUGCACGCAACAGGAACCGGUGUAAUUCGAUCCUGCCACACAGCUGUUGAGCUAUUUAAAAACGUCUGUGAGCGAGGCCGAUGGUCAGAGAGACUGAUGUCUGCCUACGGCAGCUACAAAGAGGGAGACACGGAUUCGGCGCUGGUGCAGUACUUUAUACUGGCUGAGCAAGGCUAUGAGGUGGCUCAGAGCAAUGCUGCAUUCAUUCUGGAUCAAAGAGAAGCUAAAAUCUUUGGUGAGAAUGAGACCUAUCCCCGAGCAUUGCUGCAUUGGAAUCGAGCCGCAGCACAAGGGUAUACAGUUGCAAGAAUCAAGCUGGGAGACUACCAUUUCUAUGGCUAUGGCACGGAUGUUGAUUAUGAAACAGCAGUGAUCCACUACCGAUUGGCCUCUGAACAGCAGCAUAGUGCCCAGGCCAUGUUUAACCUGGGGUACAUGCAUGAGAAGGGGCUGGGAAUUAAACAGGACAUCUAUCUUGCAAAGCGUUUCUAUGACAUGGCUGCAGAGACAAGUCCCGAUGCUCAGGUCCCUGUGUUCCUGGCACUGUGUAAACUGGGGCUAAUGUACGCGCUGGAAUAUCUGAAGGAGAACAAAGUCCGGGAGAUAUGGACGCAGGUUGACUUGGACCAGUUACUGGGACCUGAGUGGGACCUUUACCUCAUGACUGUACUGGCUUUACUCUUGGGAACUGUAAUCGCUUACAGACAAAGACAGCAACAGCCUGAGUUGCGACCAGCAGGCGCUCAGAGGGCAGAACCCCAACACGAGCAGCAAUAGCUAACGUUUUCUUUCAUUUUUUUAAAAAAAGCAAAAAAAAAACAAGUUCUAGGCACAGCAGGUUUUUUUUUGUUUGUUCAAUACCAACUCCUGCAGCGACAGAUUAAGACUUAUCAGUCAUUUGAACACUUUUGAGUCAAAUUGCAACUAUUUUUAAAUAUACGAAACUUAUUUUGGGUUUACUAAGACUUUCCUAGUUAUGAUGAACAUUGAAAGAGUGGAUAAAAGAAGCCUACUAAAUGCUUUGGUCUUACUUACUAAACACCUUACUUUAGUCACUUGAAUUCACCUGAUUCCCCACACGUACACAAACACACACACACACACACACAACUUUAUUUUUGCUGCCAGUUUUGAGCUUUUAGUUGUGUUCAUUUCUGCAAUAUAAUGUUAAGAUUUAUGUAAUUUAAAUUAUGAGUUUCAACAAACUACUGAAUCCUUCAACAGGGUUUGAUUUCAUCUAGAAGUGCCACUACAAGAGUACAUUGCACAGCCACUUCAAAGGGGCAAUGUAGUUGUCCAGUAUGUCUUUGCUAUUUGUUCUGCUCUUCUGUGAAGAACUGUGUCCUCUGUUACAUUUGCCAAACAUCUGACUCAGCUUUUGAACUGAUGUUCCUUUGAUAACGGCGUGUAAUAUUACUUGAUGUGUUUCCAUUUUUUUUUGCUACUGAAAAAGCCAUUAAAGGAAUACAGUGAAGCUAGUGACCUAUCUCAGGAUGAACUUACAUUGCCACUUUAGGGAAAAAUUGUGCGUGAAUGGAAAAUGAGUUACAAAAUAAAAAUCGCUUUAAUGUGGCCCAUCCUGAGCCAUGUAAACACGGAUGUAUUAUGUGUUAAGUGUGCAAAGAGGGAAUUAAUCAGUGAGAUGGCUUAGUGAGAUCGCAAAUUGCACCAUUAAAGAAGUCUCCUUUUCACAUGCAUUUCCACAUGGCACGGAAAACAUUUAUGCUUACACUUGGCUUACACAAGACAAGUCGACCCUGUCGCUGUAGCUUCAGAUUUCCAGUUGGACCGACGCACAUUUUUGGCAACCGAGUAUGUUUUGCCUUCGCAAUAUUUGAUCAAUAGAACAAUUUAAAAGAUAAAACUUAUUGUCCUGUCCAGGGGGUCUAACCCCAAAUCAUGAAAAAAAUAGUUUUUGAAAGAACCAGGCUUUUUCUUUUUAGGGUCACAAAAUAUACGGUCAAUUCACUUUACGGUAUAUUCUGUGAAGCGCUUUGAGACGUCUCGGAGCUGUGAUAUGGCGCUGUAUCAAAUGCAAGGAUUAUUAUUAUUAUUUGGAGUGUUUUGAAGUGUAAUUGAGUUGUUUUGCUCGGCGGGCUACUUUUAAACCUGGUUAAUGCAGAGAACCAACAGCUGAAAAGGCGGGCAGUCAGUUUGCCCUGACACGAUGUUGGUUACCACACGAGCAGCCGCCAGACGUUUUAAGUUGUUGUAUUUCUGACUGGAAAAACCACAUCAGUGUGUAUGUCGUCUUGCUCCACUGGGUUCAUAAGUACAUCUAAUUUGUGGUAUAAUAAUGCUGUGCUUGAAAGAUGGUGUAGGUGUUUUACAAAUGCUACAGAGAAAACCCCUGUUAAAGACAUAUAGACUACGUUAAAGCCACGCACGACUGGCUACCUUGUUCUUUUCUAACGAAAUGGAGAGAAUUGCGUAGUUGGCAAUGGAAGAGCUACUGCAUUAAAUGUUUUUCCUCAAUUUAAGGAACCAAACCCAUGAUCAAAUGUCCAAGGAAUUCGGGUGGUAAUCCUGCUCCAUAGCAAACGGCAUUUUGAUUUUUUUUAAUGUAAAGAUCGUGGGUUUUGGGUUACAGUAGUUUGUGUUUGCUGCUUUAGUUCCUUUUUGGGAGGUGUAGGUGUAAUGUGUCUCAACUGGCAAUUGUAAUCAAAUCGGAUCGCGUAUUGUAAAUGUAAUGUAUUAUAAACCAAUAAGUAAAAGCUGAUGUGGUGUAAAAUAAUUGUUUCAAAAAAGAAGUUAAUAAGGUGUACAGACUGUUUUAUAUGGUAAAUCUUUUGUGAAUUGAAAAUUCAACCUAAUUAUUAGCUGCAAGCUGUAUAUUAUGCGCUUUAAAAAGUUUUAAUAAAGUGUCCAGCAUCAGCUGUAGACCCUGAUUUGUGGAUUUUGUUUCAGUAAUGCACUAGUCAAACCAUAGCCUUUGGAGAAUUGCACAUCUCUCACUAAUGGUCGACCCAUAUAAAACAUCUCCUUUGUAAUCUGCUUUUUGUGUUCCUAAAGAUGGUACGCGUGAAAGAGAGUCUGGUGUGUGUUUUUUCAGAUACAUCGCUUGUUAAUAAUCAUUUGGUCACUCAAACCAUGACUUUGUGGAACGCUGCUGUGCACGAAUGGCUGCUGUGAUUCGCCAAUAAAGUAUACAGUCAAUUCACUUUACAGCAUCUCCUGUGAAACACUUUGAGACGUCUCAGACAUGAUAAAGCUCUGUAUCAAAUGUAAAGAUUAUUAUCAUUGGAGAAAAAGAAUCUUGGAAAGUAUGCAAUGAGAGAUAUUUACCUAUUUGUUCCAUAGACCAAAAGACCAUAUCCGGCUAUCGUGAACUAUUUAACACCCGUUAAUCUUCUGUGGAAAGGUUCGGCAAAAUACCUUGGAAGUUUAUUGAAAAAACUAGAAUAUAGUUCCUUAUUAUGCAACUUUCUGAGCCUAUCCGAUUUUAAUCUGCUGCUUUUGAACUUUUCAAGCGUUCAUUUUACGUAUUUCCUGGCCAUUCGACUCUGGUAAUUUGAUUUUACACAAUGGGUCGUUAUCGUUUUAGUCUUUUGUGUAUUUAUUUGUCCCCUUGUCUGGAUUCCUGAUCUGCAUCUCCUCGUACUUUAAAUAAAGCUCUGUUGUACAAUCACGUAAA